GGGCUAUCCGGUACCGGUAGACCCGCAAAGACUAUUGUGUUCAUCUUUCAAUUUUUCUUCGACACAGAGAGCAUCGUCGUCUCCGAUCAAUCCCCCUUUCUUGAUCGCUACCUUCAAUCUCUCUCUCUAUAUCUAUCUAUCUAUUCUGUGUAGGCUGAAGCUGAGCUGAACUGUAUCCUGCUUAUAUCUUUCGGGAACAAUAUGCAGCAAGCUGUUCAGUCAAGGUCCGUUGCCAAUGGAUUUGGCAGUCGGAAAGGUGAAAAAGAAAUGGGGACAAGGUUGGAGGGUAGAAUGCAGUCUACAAAAACGACUUCCAGCAAGUCGACUGCUGUAGGUAAAAGGGGAUCAUACGAAAGUCCUUCACAUGAUCGACUAGUUUAUUUUAGUACAUGUCUUCUUGGACAUCAAGUGGAAGUACAAACAAUGGAUGGAUCUGUGUUUUCAGGGAUAUUUCAUGCAACAAAUGCUGACAAAGAUUUUGGUAUUGUUCUGAAACUGGCCCACUUGAUAAAAGAUGGUUCCCAGGAGAGUAAGAAUACUCCUGAAUCUCUGGUCAAACCUCCAUCUAAGACUUUGAUUAUACCGGGUAAAGAGCUUGUGCAAGUUUUAGCAAAGGGUGUGCCUGCAACUUUAGAUGUCUUCAGAGCUGAAUUGCUGCGGGAAAAACAGUUGGAACUGUUGACAGAUUCCUGCAUAUCACAGUCCCGUCAUGGUGAGGUAGAGCGGCAGUUGGAACGUUGGGUGCCUGAUGAUGAUGCUCUUGAAUGUCCCGAGUUGGAUAACAUAUUUGACGGCCACUGGAACAGGGGAUGGGAUCAGUUUCAGGCCAAUGAAACACUAUUUGGAGUAAAAAGCACAUUCAAUGAGGAACUUUAUACUACAAAGCUUGACAAAGGUCCUCAAAUGAGGGAGUUGGAAAAAGAAGCUUUAAGAAUAGCUAGGGAAAUCGAGAGUGAGGAAACACGUGAUCUUCAUCUAGCAGAGGAGAGAGGAAUUCAACUUCAUGGGAGCCUUGAAGUUGAUGAAGAAACCAGAUUUUCAGCAGUUGUUAGAGGGGUUGAUGAUAGUGGAUAUGGUGAUUGUGAGGACAUACUGUUGGAUUCGCGUAAUGAUGAAACAUUUCAAUGUAUCUCUAGUUCUUCUAUGGGGAAGUCAUUCACUGGUACGAGUGUUGGGGAAGUUGUUGACGGUGUGGAAUUCUCAUCAAGAUCUUCCUCAGUGGAUGAAUUGCAAUCUUCUCAGUUGAGUACCAGCAGGGAUGUCUAUCAGACUUACUAUGAUGAUCAUAGCAAACAGUCAUCAGCUGAACAUGUUCCUCAAAGUGCCUCGAAGAUGGAUGAGAGCAGGGGGCACAAAAUCACUUUCAGUGAACAUGAUGGAGCUAGUUGCAAUGAAGAGGAGACAAGAAUGCAAAUGUUAGCUGAAGGGGCUCAUACAUCAAUACCUGAAGAUUCCAAGUCAUCACUAAGAGUGAAAAAGGAAACCUUGGAUAAGGGUGUGUCGUCUAUGGAUGUCUCUGCAUUGUCUCCCCUUCCUGAAUUUCAGGAAAAGAUCACAGGUUCUUUUAGUGAAAAGGGGGCUGUCGGGUCUUCCAAGAGUCGAGACAAUACCAGAUCUGCUAAUUCUUGUGUCAGACCUAGCAGUUCUGCUGUAUCCUCUAUUCAUGGAGCAGGUGCUGUGUCUAGCAAUGGAUUAUCACGUAGCUCUUCCGUGAGUUCAUUUUCUUCCGAAAAAUCCACGAAAUCCACCUUAAAUCCACAUGCUAAGGAAUUUAAAUUUAAUCCCAGUGCGAAGAGCUUUGUCCCAUCUCAAGCGACUUUGAGACCGGCAUCUCCAGUGUCUGAUAAUUCCUUCUACUAUCCAGCUGGGAUGGCUGCUAUGCCACAGAUGCAUGGCAUGUCUAUGGGUGUUGGGGUUGGUCCAUCGUUUGCUGGACAUCAGUCUGUUGUAUAUAAUCCACAGGGUACCCCUGCGCCACAGCCGUAUUUUCAUCCAAAUGGACCUCAGUAUGGACAGCAGAUGAUGAUUGGUCACCCUCGGCAAGUUGUCUACAUGCCAACUUAUCCCCCUGAAUCACCGUACAAUGGAAGAGGAGAGUAUUGACCAGUUCUUGGUGACCUGCAUCACUUGGUGGCUUAACCCUUUGCUGAUACUGGAAACAAAUUUCUGGCAGUAGAUUGCAUGGAUCAUUUAUUGGUGCAUAAAGUCUUCUGAUAAAAUAACUGCAAUCUGCACCUGCUGGCUGAAAUGGUUCUGUUAGCAUUCCUGUAUAAUGAAGAAUUAAUUAUUCUGCUUUUCGUAAUCGUAGUGUUUUUGUUUUUUGUAAGCUCUUAGAUGUUCUUUGUCAUACUGGAGAUUAUUUCUCAUCUUUCGGGUUUGUUCAACUUUUUUUUUUCCUUGGACAAUAUUUAACCAGUCUGCCCUAUAUUGUCUUAUUUCAUGAUAGUUUUGGUGUGUAAAAUUCA